AUGGUUCCAGUUAAGUCGGGAAAGAACUCACAGGCAAAGAACGAUGAGCAGUUCAAGAGAUACCUCGAGCUCAUCGAGUCGUCCAAGAGCUUGUCAAAGGCUUUGGCUGCGCACGCACACAUCGGCGCGACCAAGGAUACAUUCCUCUCAAACAAGCUCAUCCAAAUGUAUGGAAGGUGCGGUGGCCCAGACCAAGCUCGCAAGAUCUUCGACACUUUGGGACUUCGGAGAAACACCUUUUCUUGGGAACUUAUGUUCGCUGCUUACACCAAGAACAGGCGCCUGGGAGAAGCCAGAGAGCUCUUCGAUCGAAUGGAGAGACGGGACAUAGUUUCGUGGACGACGCUCGUCACAGCUUAUGCCCAGAACGGGCACGUCGAUGAUGCAAAGUUGGUGCUGGAAGCGAUGCCUCGCCAUGACACCGUCGUCUGGAACGUAGUUCUCGGGAGCUACGUCCAGAGCGAUCGCAUGGACGAGGCACAAGAGAUCUUUGACGAGAUGGGCGAUGACCGAGACAUUCUCUCCUGGAACGCGAUGCUCGCGGGGUAUUCGCGGAAUGGAGAGGUGGAGAUGGCCGAAGAGAUCUUCGCCCGGAUGCCACUGCGGAAUAACAGGUCCUGGAACACGAUGCUGGCUCUUUAUUCCCAGGCCGGGUUUAUAGAAGAACUUGAACUCCUUUUCUCGAUCAUGCCGGACAGUGACAUGGUUUCUUACUCCACUGCAGUAGCAGCGUAUUCACAGAUGAGACUCGUGAAAGAAGCUAGUGCUCUCUUCUGGAAAAUGCCAGUGUGGGAUCUUGUCUCGUGGAACUCGGUGCUGUCGGCCUAUGCUCAGAACGAUCAUAUGGAAGAAGCCAGGGAGUUCUUCCGGUUGGAGCUCCCGGAAUGGGAUUUGAUCUCGUGGAACACGCUGCUCUGCGGGGCUUCUCGAUCCGGACGCUACGAGCUCGCUGUUGCGAUCUUCCGCGAGAUGCCGAGCCACAGUCUCGUCAGCUGGAACGCUCUCCUCGGCUGCUGCGAAGAACUGGAAGCCGCGAGGAAGAUUUUCGAGACAAUGAUGCCGCAGUGGAGUGGGACCUCGGUGACGAGCAUGGUGGCUGUUCUUAUCCGGAGUGGCUGCUUCGAACAGGUACUGGAGCUCCUCGAGAAGAUCCCGGAGAAGAGCUUAGUGGUGUGGAACUCGGUGCUGGCAAUGCUCCGGGAAGAUGGAAAGCUGAGAGAAGCCGAGAUGGUGUUUGAGGAGACGGCGUGUGGGAACGUUUUCUCCUUCACGGCAAUGGUGGCGGCCUAUGCCGAGUCGGGGCAUAUCACUCAAGCGCAGCGGCUUUUCGAGGAUCAUAUGCUCGAGCACGACUUCGUCUCGAGCUCCCUGAUGAUCGGUUCUCUCUCGCAAGCCGGGGACUUGGGCGCUGCCGAGAAGAUCUUCGCGGGGAUGCCGCUGCUGGACUCGGUAACUUGGAACGAGAUGCUGGCAGCGUAUGUUCAUCAUGGGCAUGUCGAGAAGUCACGAGAGAUCUUCAGCCAAGUGCCGCGAAAGGAUCUUUGUUGCUGGAACUCGAUGCUAUCUGUCCUCCACAACUGCGACGAGGCCAUGGAUUUCUUCGAGAACUCAAUGCCGGCGAGGGAUAUGAUCUCUUGGAACACGCUUCUGGCGGCCUAUGCCCGCGCUGGGAAUACCAAAGAGGCAAUACGGGUCUUCGAAGACAUUCCGGAAUGGAAUCUCGUGUCCUGGAACUCGAUCCUGGCCGUCCAUCCCGAUGCCCACAGGCUGUUUGUGCGGGAGGUUCCAGAGUAUAAUCUCGCCACCUUUAGCACCAUGCUGACGUGGUAUGCCCGGUCCGGGCAUGUCGUCUCUGCGGUUGAUCUCUUCCAGAAAAUGCCCGAGAGAGAUCUAACGGCGUGUAACAACAUGGUGGCUGUGUACUCACAAGAAGGCCAUGCGGAGGAGGCCCAGGAAAUCUUUGAUUCCAUGCCAUGUCACAGUUUAGCAUCUUGGGCCGGCAUUGGGAAUAUUUACGAUUUCAGGAGAGCCAAGAAACUAUACGAGAAUAUCCCAGAGCUAGAUGUGUGCUUGUCCACAAGACUCUUUUCUUUAUAUGCUCUAUGCAAUGAGUUUGAUGAGCUUGAGAUGCUCUUUGAGAGGUUCUUACAAAAGAGUUUGGUUCUCUGGACUUCAUUGUUAGUGGCGGUUUCUCAAGUUGGUGAUUUGGAUAGAUGCGUGGGAAUCUUUGCCAGAAUGCCCGAGUGGGACUUGGUAUCAUCAACAGUCAUGCUUGUGCUUUAUGCCCAGAAAGGUUAUCUUGAGGACGCUCUGGCUUUGUUUGCUUCUUUGCCUGAGAAAGAUACCGUGUGCCACACUGCAAUGCUCUCCACAUAUGCCCAACAAGAUUGCAUUGCGGAGGCCUGGCAAAUCUUCUGGGAUAUUCCCCAGAGGAACUUGGUAUCUUGGUGUGCGAUGCUGGUAGCUUAUUCUCAGAAUGGGAAUCUUGAACAAGCGUUCCAUCUGUUUCAAAUGAUGCCAGAGCAAAACACUGUUUCUUGGAGUACAAUGUUGGGUGCAUAUGCCCAGGGUGGCCAUUCAUCUCAAGCUUUCCAGCUGUUUUAUGAGAUGAAUUUGAGUGAAAUGCCAUCAGAGUCAUGCUUUGUGUCUCUUCUUCUAGCCUGUAGCCAUACAGGCAAACAAAGCUUUGCCAAGCAUUAUAUUGUAUCCAUGGCUGAUGAUUUUGGAAUACGAGUUGGAGAUAAUGCUAAAUGUUGCUUGAUGGAUCUCUUAGCUAGAAGUGGGAAUUCAAUGACAGAAAUUACGUUUGUCCCCAAUCACAAGAAUGAGAUUAUUUGA